AUGGGGUUUCCCUUCCCCCUGAAACAUGUCUGCUCCAUCCAGAAACACAACUGUACAUGUUUUGUGAGCACAAAACUCUCGGAGAGAAAAAUAGAGGACUCUUGUUUCUCAAGGCAACCUGCCAAAACACUGUGGUAUGACCGCCCUCGGUAUGUUUUUCUGGAGUUCUGCGUGGAAGACAGCAUUGAUGUCAAAGUCGACAUCCAGGACUAUUGGGUGAUAUUCAGCUGCAAAAAUGUGGAUGGUGUGGAGUUCUACAACAAAAUUGACUUCUAUGCCAGAGUGAAUUCCAAGGACUCACAGAAUAAGCGCUCUGGUCGGUCCAUCACCUGCUUCAUGAGGAAGUGGAAGGAGAAGGUGGCAUGGCCACGCCUCACCAAGGAGAACAUCAAGCCAGCCUGGCUAUUUGUGGACUUUGAUAACUGGAGGGACUGGGAAGGAGAUGAGGAGGUGGAGAAGGUCAUGGUUGAGGAGUAUGCGGAGCUCCUGCAGAAGGUCACACAUAAAGACCCUCCCCCUACAAUGGAUGACCUUGAUGAUUUCCGCACCCGGGUGCUGUGGUGCCGCCCCGCCGAGCUGCCGCGGGAGCGCGAGGCGCCGCUGCCCGGCUUCUACGUGGGGCUGCAGGACACCAUCCUCUUCCCCGAGGGCGGCGGCCAGCCGGACGACCGGGGCCUCAUCGAGGACAUCCCCGUGCUGCGAGUGACCCGGCAGGGCGCCGAGGCGCUGCACUUCGUCCAGACCCCGCUGGAGCCGGGCAGCGAGGUGUUGCUGUCGCUGGACUGGGACAGGAGGUUCGACCACAUGCAGCAGCACUCGGGGCAGCACCUCAUCACUGCCAUUGCAGAUCUGAUGUUUGGAUUCAAAACCACCUCAUGGGAGCUGGGCCGUCAGCGAAGUAUCAUAGAACUGGACACGCCCUCGAUGACAAAGGAGCAAGUGGUGGCUCUAGAGGAGAAUGUGAAUGAGAAGAUACGGGCCCAUAUUCCCGUGACGGUGAAGGAGUUCUCUGAUGGUGACCCAGAGGUGGAGAUGGUGAGAACCCGUGGUUUGCCAGAUGACCACACAGGGCCAGUGCGAAUUGUGAGCAUUGAGGAUGUAGAUGACAACAUGUGCUGUGGAACUCAUGUUUCUAACUUAAGCCAAUUGCAGGUUAUUAAGCUGCUUGGCACAGAAAAAGGAAAAAAGAACAAAACAAACUUGGUAUUCCUGGCGGGGAAUCGAGUACUGAAGUCUGUUGAAUGGAGUCAUAGCACUGAGAAGACUCUCACUUCACUGCUCAAGAAUGGGCCAGAGGAACAUGUGGAAGCUGUGAAGAGGCUGCAGAAUUCUGUGAAGAUGCUUCAGAAGAACAACUUGAACCUGCUUAGAGACCUAGCUGUUUUGACAGCCCAGAGCUUCAAAAGCAACCCGAACCGAGACCAGCUGUUUGUAUUACACAGGAAAGAUGGUGACACUGAGUUCAUGAACAUCAUUGCUAAUGAGAUUGGGAUGGAUGAAACCCUGCUGUUCCUAACUGUGGGAGAUGAGAAAGAAGCUGGUCUCUUCCUCCUGGCUGGGCCCAUCAAAAUAGUUGAGAAUUUAGGUCCCAGGGUGGCCGAAAUCCUGGAAGGCAAAGGAGCUGGGAAACGGGGCCGCUUCCAAGGCAAGGCAAACAGGAUGAGCAGGCGAGCUGAAGCACAGGCCCUGCUCCAGGAAUUCAUUGACCACCAAAGCUCAGAAGUAUGAAGAACAGGCCUCUCCCCUGGACUAUCCUGCCUGGAAGCAUAAUAGUAUGCCACCACUGACACUCCUCUAGAAUAAUAAAGAUAUGGGAAGAAUAA